AUGGCCGCCGCUAAGACCCAGGCUCAGGCCUACAUCGACAACAACGCCGUCGUCGUUUUUUCCAAGUCAUACUGCCCCUACUGCACCUCCAGCAAGAAGCUGCUGCGCGAGACUGGUGCCAACGCCGAGGUCGUCGAGCUGGACCAGAUUGAGGGCGGCUCUGCCAUCCAGGAUGCUCUCGAGGAGAUCUCCGGCCAGCGCACCGUUCCCAACAUCUACAUCAAGCAGAAGCACAUCGGUGGUAACUCCGACCUCCAGAGCCUGAAGGCUCAGCUCCCUGCUCUCCUGAAGGAUGCUGGUGCUCUCUAA